CUUUCCACACCCAGUAUGACCAAUCCCGAAAUCCCACCCCAUUUGCGCGUCAUAGACACAGCGGACCGCAAGCACAAUGACCACCCCCUCGGACUACAAACUAAUUCACCGAACUACUACAACACCCAGCAACCCCCGCGUGACCAUACAGGAAACGGGUCCCUCCCUCCUCAUUGUACAACGCUUAAAGAUAGCGGAAGGAGGCUUCUUUUCAGUGUGAGUCUGGAGGCAGUGGCACGGCUAUUCAUCGUACCUUGCUCAAGACCCCGGCUGCCUUCUAACCCGCUUCUUGUAUUUCAUCGUUCUAAACGCGGCCUAUCCCUUCAGUACAAAAUGGCCUCUGGUGUGAUGGUCUCCGAUGAUGUCAUUAAAGUAUUUAAUGAAAUGAAGGUGCGCCAUCAACUCUCCCCAGAAGACGCCAAAAAACGCAAGAAGGCAGUUGUCUUCUGUCUUAGCGACGACAAGAAAACCAUCAUUUUGGAACCAGGAAAGGAGAUCUUGCAAGGGGAUAUCGGUUGUAACGUUGAAGAUCCCUACAAGACCUUUGUGAAGAUGCUGCCCCGGAAUGACUGCCGUUAUGCACUGUAUGAUGCACUCUACGAGACAAAGGAAACAAAGAAAGAGGAUCUUGUUUUUGUGUUCUGGGCCCCUGAAGAAGCCUCACUUAAAAGUAAAAUGAUCUACGCUAGCUCAAAAGAUGCAAUCAAGAAGAGAUUACCAGGUAUCAAACACGAGUGGCAAAUAAACACCUAUGAAGAUGUAAACGAUCCCUGUAACCUUGCGGAUAAACUAGGGGGCAACACUGUAGUUUCCCUUGAAGGCAAAUCCGUGAGAAGUUGAGAUCCCUUCCUUUGCCAGUGUCUGUGCCACUUCUUUAAGGGGCUUCCAUGUAAUCAUUAUCCCAACAAUGUCCCCUCUGCUACCUGAAAUCCCUCACUACUUUGAAGGACAUGUUUUACUUUACAGUCAGAUAUCACUUUUAAAGCCAUUCCCAAUGCAGACCAGCCUUUUGUUACUUUGUUUUUAGUAGUCUUGUUUGUGGAUACUUUACACUAUCUUAGAGGAAGUUUUCCUUCCGUCUACAAAGUAGAUGCACUUAUCUCAGAUUUGAGUUAAUUUUGCCAAAUAUCUUCUGGCGUCUUACCCAUCCCACAUGCCAUAUCUAAAAGGCCCUUGGGCCUCAUUCAUUCCCCUGCCCUCUUAACACUGGCUUCUAACAUUCCUAGAAUAAAUUAAGAUGGCUGCUUUUUAUUCCUCUAUGAUUUAUUACAUUUCCAUGCUUCUUCUGUAACAUUCCUCACAGCCCCUCUGGCAUCUGCUGGGUCUCUCAAAACCAUAGGCACUUUUUUUUUUUUUUUUUCUCCAGCAGAAUACUUCCCUGUAGUGUAACUUCCAUUUCACCCUUUAAAGCCCCCUCUUAAUUUAAUAUUACUGUUGGUGUGUGGGGCAAGGCUUUUAAGACAGUAUGCCUCAAAGAUGGCCGCAUAUACAGUUUGCCAAUAUUAAUCUGCAAGUUUGUGAUUUUAAAUCUGUACAUCAGCCUUGGUGGAUUGGAGGGUGUCGAAAUUCUGUUGUCUGAUGCGCUUCACCUCUUCAGUCCCUUUCUUCCCAAUCAUUGUCACAUGUCACUGCAGUCUCCGCAUCCUUAUGUCUUGUGUUACUAAUAUGGAAGUCAUACUGGCAGAUCUGACAUUAAUAAACAUAAGUUUAAAGAA